AUGUCACAGCCAGCUUUGUCCCUCCUCCUGCUUGUGACCCUCUCUGCCAGCCUCACCAUGGCCAUCAGGAAGGACAAGAGAGCUCCUCAGACUCUCUCCAGAGGAUGGGGCGAUGACAUCACUUGGGUACAGACUUACGAAGAGGGGCUCUUCCAAGCCAAGAAGAGUAACAAGCCCCUGAUGGUCAUUCAUCAUCUGGAGGAUUGCCAGUAUUGCCAAGCCUUAAAGAAAGCCUUUGCCAACAGUGAUGAAAUCCAGGAAAUGGCUCGGACUAGCUUUGUCAUGCUCAACCUUAUGCAUGAAACUACAGACAAGAACCUGUCACCUGAUGGGCAGUACGUGCCCCGAAUCAUGUUUGUGGAUCCCUCUUUAACAGUCAGAGCUGACAUCACCGGGAGGUACUCUAAUAGACUCUACACAUAUGAACCCCAAGAUUUGCCAGUGUUGAUAGAAAACAUGAAGAAAGCCUUACGACUCAUCCAAAAGGAGUUAUAG